CCUGGCCGAGCGUGGGGCUGGGCUGUGCACGGGGCCAGCAGAGGAUCCCAGCAAUGGCUUUGGGUUCUCCUGAAAGCAGGAGGGUUUCCAAAGGCGGGGGUGGGGGUGCCGGCAUGCUGGCAUUAGCUGUGCACCCAGUUGGUUAUUACAUGAGGCUCUGGUGCCCUUUGAUCCUCUCCUGCUCCAGAGCCCAGCGUGUUUCCUGGAGGCCUUGCAGGCUCCAUGGGGACUGCAGGGACCUGGGAGAGCCCCUCCAAGCCCAGGAAAUGCCAGAGCUUCAGAAAUGCAGGGUGUGUGAUGUGGCUGGCCCAGCCCUCCCGAGUCCCAUGGCAUCUGCUCAGGCGUCCUGUACGGAGGCAGUAAGCCAGGGAGCUGGGUGCUGGGGGGACAGGCAUGGCCCCGGGAGUGGCUGCUGGCUGGGAGUCAGGUGUGUGCUGAGAACUCUGCUGGUUUACAGACACAGACUGGCACGGCAGCCGGUGGGCACAGACUGGCACAGCAGCCAGCAGGCACACCACUGCUCCCCGCCCUGCAUUCACCGGAGCCUGCCAAGCUCAGAGGUGUGGGCUGGGCCAAUGAGCUGCUGCCCCAGCCCCCGUGGCUCCUCGCCCCGAGGCCAGCCGUGCUCAGGAAGUGACCCGGAGGAAGGCGUGGCCCAUGCUGGCCUUACCAAGGGCUAAAGGGAAUGAACUGCUGGGCAGAGGGCAGGAGAUGUCUGGCUGCAUGACCAGCAGGCAAGGGAGAGGGAGCGAUUCAAGGCCCUCUGUAGGGGAGAAUCCAACUGAAGUGAGCUGGGUUUGUCCUGCCCCAAAAGCUGGAGCUGGGGUUUGCCCUGAGUGGCUGGCCCGAGGGAUGCUGCCUGUUCCCCAGGGUGUGUGCUCUUCCUGAGGUGGCCGAGCUUUCUGCUGUACCCCAGGCCAGCCCGGCCCAGCCGGCCCAGCCAGCCCAGCCCAUCACCUGGCUGGCCAGGUUGAGCAUGUGGCUUUGGGCCCAGUGCUGGGGAGCAGCUGGUCCCCUGGUGCCCUUGACAGAUGCCACCUUCUGACUCUGCUGUUGGUUUCCCCCACAACCCCCCUCUGCCAUGCCCACAUCUCCACCCCCAGCCUCUCCCCGGACUGUGGGGAAGCCACUGCCAUGUCUCACCUGCCCUGUGAGUGGCACAAGGCCCAUGCCCCAGGGGAGGGGUUCUCUGCCUCGCCCCUGUACCCAGCUGGCACCAUUGUGGUAUCUGUCCUCCCACCCCCGUGUGCUCCAUGGGGCAGUGGAGACCUGAGCUGUUGUGGGGCACUGAGCUACCAGGGAGUCUGUGCUGGGCUGGGACUCGAACCCAGGUCUCUGGCUCAUGCCUCACCCGCUGGCCAGGCUGCCACAGUGAGAGCAGGGGCUGUGCCCUGCUCCAGGUGCUGCCUGGCACCAUCAGGCUGGGCAGGGAGCUCGAGCUCCAGGCUCCAUUGCAAUGUGCGGAAGGGGGCUGGCUGGGGGGAAUGGGACUGACUGGAAGGCAGGGCCGCUGGGACGCAGCCCCUCAAGGCCGGGGAGCAAAAGCCAGACUGCCGUGACAGCUACUGGGAACGUGGCCGGGAGCCUGGGCAAAGCUGGUGCUUUCUCUUCCCUGUUCAAGUGCUUGCAGCAAGCACAGAGGGGGGCGGGCGGGGGGAAGUCCCUCCCCCCCCCCCGGCCCCCCGCCCCGCCCCCCCCCCCCGGCAGGCGCUCUGCGCAGGGGCAGCGGGGCUGGGGCGUGGAGCAGAACGUGGUCCCUGUGGGACUGUCGUCAGUUCUUGGCCGUGCUGGCUUCUGCCCCGGGACGGCUGCUGCCCCGGGACGGCUGCUGCCCCUCACCCGGGCUUUCGUGUUUCUGGCAAGAGCCCCAGCUGCUGGCACGGGUGGCCCCAGGCAGUGUACGCAUGGUAGCCAGGGCCCAGCUUUGGCCUGGGGCCAUGCCAGAGCCCCCCCAAGCCCGGGCCAGAGCUCUUCCUCAGGGUUCUCCACCCGCGGCAGCCCAGCCCCCCACUGUUGCUGGCUGAGGCCCCUGAGUUGCUGGAGCAGGGGUGGGGGUUCUCUGUCCCUGCCCAGUGCCCCCUGAUCCUGUCAGCUCCAGCAGGAAUUCUGGGAAGGGGGUGACACCACAUCUAGUCCCUGGGCCCCGGCUAAUGGGGACCCUGGCAGUGGCUCUGGAGUCCUGGACCUGGGAGCACGCUGCGGGAGGAUGGAGCAUGUGGGACCCGGAGGCAGCCGGUGUGCCUGCCCCGGCACCAAUCCCAUGGAUCUGGUGUCCCAGUCCUAGCACAUGGUCACAUGUCGGGGGCUGGUGGCACUGCUCCCCGGUGCCUGGGCAAUGGAAAAGGGCAGGUUAUAGCGUGUUAAGCCCGGGGGGAGUCACCCCCCACCCCAGCUGCUGCAAUUGGCUCUGGAGUAGGGGCAGCAUCGGGCCGGCUCUCCGCGUCUCAGCUGGCCAGGGAGGAGAGCUCAGCCUCCUGGUCUCGUCCAUCCUCUGCUGUGACCAGAAGCAGAUUAGGGGUUUGUGGGGCCCUAGGCAGAGCAAGUGGGGGUCCCACCCCACCCCUUCCACUUACAGUUCUCCCUGCCCUCCUCCUGCCCCCCAUCCCAGCGCUCCUGCACACAACCCCCAGGGGGCAGGCCCACAGAUUCCGCUUGGCAGGCUCUGGCUUCAUGUGCCAGCUCCCCCCAGCGGCAAGUGCUGGCAGAGCCAGGGCAGGCACACAUGUCUGGGUAGUGCCCCCAGCUCAUUAAUCCCACCGGGCCUGGGUCACUGCCCAGACAAUCCCUGGCCAGGCCAGGAACCAGAGCCAUGCCCAGGGCCUGGAGGGGCUCGGUGUCUGAAAGGCCAGCACAGGCAUUUCCCCAGGGCUGUCGCCUCCUGGAGCCAGCUCGGGGGGAUGCUGUGGGUCCCAGCUGGGGCCAGCUCCGCUUCAGCCUCAGCAGCGGCCAUCCCCAGCCCUGCUCCCACUGCGGGGGGAGGCAGCUGGUUCCCGGGGUUUGUUCCCAGCGGCAGUCUGGCUUCCCUCCCUGCUUGGCUGGCCUGGGGCAGACCUGAGCCAAUGUCUCCCAGUGGGACAGUCGCCUUCCGCUCUGUGGGGCACAGCCAGUGACCCCUUGUCUGUGGAGUGACUGCAGGGCACCCGCCCAGCGGCUGCCAGGCUCAGCCCUUGCAGUGGGGGGGUGCAGCUAUGUGAGGGCCUGUGAUGCAGCAGGGAGUGGGGCAGAUUGACCUGGGGAUGUUGCAGGGGAGUUUCAUUGGGGAGGGGAGACGUCCCUUGAGGGAAGACACCUGAGCCAGGAGGGGGGUUGGGGCCAGGUGACACCUGCCCAGGAAACUGGACAAAGGUGGGAGGAGGAGCUAGGGGGAGAUGACUGGAGGGGUUUCCAGUUUUGGGGAGUCGGCUGGGGAAGAGGAGGGAGCCCCAAGGCUGGGGUCUAAUCUCCCUGCCCCCCAGAAGGGCCUGACUAAGGGAUCCUGUUUACGCCUGCAAGCUCUGGGUUGGACUGUGUUCCUGUCGUCUCUAAUAAACCUUCUGUUCUACUGGCUGGCUGAGAGUCCCGGUGAAUCGCAGGAAGAGGGGUGCAGGGCCCUGACUCCCCCUCACACCAUGACAACUGGUGGUAGCUGUGGGAUCUACGGCGCUCCCUGCAGGAAGUGACUGGGGAGCAGUAAACGAAGGGGGAUUGACAGGGACCAGGCGUGCUGAAGCUUCAGAGAGAAGCGGUUUCGGGGGGCGGAGGAGCUACGCUUAACCCCAGGGGGUGGUGACCUGGAGAAGGGCUGGCACACUGGGGGGUCCUGGAAGCCGUGGGGAGCUGAGAGCACCCAGGCCUGCGAGUGGCCAGCAGGGAGAUGGAUGCUAAGCGCCUUAUGAGCGACCUGGUGGAGCUGUGCAGGCAGAGGGGGCUGCGCACUGGGAGGCUCACCAAAGAGCAGCUGAUUGCCCAGCUGGAGGAGAGGGAUCGCUUGGAUGACCCGAUCCCUGUCUCUGAGGGAAGCCGCCCAGCAGAGGCAGCGUGGGCCCCGGUGCCUGACCUGGCUGGGAGGGGUCAGACGGCUGCCAAGGGCAUCCCGAGACCCCUCCUAACUAUGCCUGGGGAGGAGCCCACUGAAUACCGAGGGCACCAUGACCCUGGCAGCCAGCCAGGGAUCCUCCCGGCGGCACUCCCCAUCCUUGGAGCAGAGGGGGCUGAAUGGGAGAGGGAGAUAAAACUGAGAGAGCUAGAGGAUCGCGAAAGCAGCAACAGCAUGAGCAG